AUGUGGCCCGUAUCUUGGCGCGCCGCGUUGCUCGUCUUGCUCGGAGCCGACUUGUCUGCUGCUGCGGAUGUGUCCCUUUUGAAGGGCCUCUCGCAAUAUGUCCGGGGAGAUAGCUUUCUGUCCAUGCCUGUCGGUACCGUGGACCGACCACCAGGCGCAAAGCGGGCCGCCAACGGCUUUGAAGAAAAGCUCUACAAUAUGGAGUUCUUUUACGCCACAGACGUCUCCAAGAAGAAUCUCAUCCAUAGCCUGGACAUUCUGGCAAUCUUUUGUAAAUGGGCUUUGCCGCUGAUUCCUCUAUGCCGCUCGACAGUUAACAUUGGCAGCCCUCCCCAACGAGUUACAGUCCUCGUCGACACUGGCUCGAGCGAACUUUGGGUCAACCCUGACUGCCGAACGUCCAAAAGUUCAGACCUGGCAAAACAGUGCAGGGAGUUUGGCCAGUAUGAUCCGCGACGGUCCGAUAGCUCAUACGGUCCCUUCGGAACGGAAGACCUCGACUAUGGAGACGCCUCAGACUCGACGACGCGAACGUCCGUCUCGAUUAACUACUAUUCGGAUGUGGUUGCGCUUGGAGAUGCCAAAAUAAACAACCAAACGUUUGGCGUUGUAACGCAGAGCCAGGGCCAGUCUCAAGGUAUCCUCGGGCUAGCGCCAGACUUGAAGGGUGGUCUCAGCCCCAGUGAGCCAUAUAGCUUGGUCCUGGAUUCUAUGGCCAAGCAAGGCGUCAUAUCCAGCAGGGUAUUUUCGCUAGAUUUGCGCCGCUCUGACGACGAGCACGGCGCAAUCAUGUACGGUGGUCUGGACAAGAGUAAAUUCAUCGGUCCACUCGAGAAGCGUCCCAUCGUCAAGGGCGUUGGCGGUGAGUGGCGACUCGCGGUUGAGUUGACAACGAUUGGCGUUACCCUGUCAUCAUCAUCCAACUUUGCGGUCAAUGGAUCUGAUGCAAACGUCAUGCUGGACUCUGGGACGACCAUGACCCGCAUGCACUCAGCCGUGGCCGCGCCCAUUCUACGAGCUCUUGAUGCCGAGGUCGACAGCGAAGGCUACUACCAGGUGCGUUGUUCGGCCAAGACGUUCGGGGGCAGCGUAGACUUUGGCUUUGGGAAGAAGACGAUCCGCGUGCCGUUGAAGAAAUUUAUUUUGAACCUGGGGGACUCUGCCGGCAUGUGCUACGUCGGCAUGGUCGUCACAACGGGUCAGCAGAUUCUGGGAGACAGCGUGCUCCGCGCUGGCUAUUUUGUAUUCGAUUGGGACAACCAGGAGGUGCACAUUGCUCAAGCCGCCAACUGCGGAAAUAACGAUAUUGUUGCCGUGUCGUCUGGGACGGAUGCAGUUCCCUCUGCCACCGGACAUUGCAAAGAGGGUGAUGCCGCUCUUACCGGCGCUGGCGGUGCCAAGUCGACUCCCACAAAAGGCCGCGUCUCUACCCAGACUCGCAGGACGGUUUACACCGUCACUUCGUGUCCGCCUAUUGAUGCCGCCUGCGUGACCGCGCUCCCCGACUCCGUCACCCUCGAGGAGUUCAUCAACAAACCCGGAUACGGCCGCCACCCGAUUGCCGAGUCCAGAGACCCCUACACAUGCGGCAUCACGGGAUUGACCAGAUCCGUGGCACAGGUGGCACGGCGGACAGAUCACCUCGCGCGAGCCAUCGCAGAACAGUUGGCCUUUGAUCCUCACGAGGGGACGGAGUGGGACAGAGUUGUGUGCCUGUACUCCCUGAACACGAUCGACUACAUCCCCUUGGCCCACGCCAUCCAUCGUCUCUCGGGCAUCGUCACUCCCGCCAGUGCUGCCUACUCCCACCAAGAGCUGGAGCAUCAGCUGCGGUCGUCGGGUGCCCAGGCUCUCUUCACAUGCGUGCCCCUGCUGGACAACGCUCUCAAGGCGGCGGAUGCGGCCGGCAUCCCCCGUCGCCGUGUGUUUCUCCUCGCCGUGCCCCAGGUCGCUUCGGAUCCAAGCUUCGAGACCAUCGAUGACCUUGCCGAGCGAGGCAGGAGCCUGCCGCCGCUGCCACCGUUGAGAUGGAUCAAGGGCCAGGGCGCGAGGCAGACUGCCUUUCUCUGCUACUCAAGCGGAACCUCUGGUUUACCGGUCAGCAAUCGUCCCGUCCCUCCCUGCGCUCAACCUCUCCCGCGUCCCGUCCGCGCCCGCUCACGAGGCGACUGA